AAAACAGAAAAAAAACCAAAAUGACGACUCAUAAAAGAUCCUUAAAAACGCAAUAAAGAUUCAGGUGUUGUGCAGUUGUUUCUUUCGUCCGCAAUGACAGAUCACAAAAGAAAUUCCAAUCGAGUUCGGAUUAUUAUGAUGGAUUACGCAGUCUUACAAGCAGAUAGGAUUUACUAAUCCGACUACAUAAGGUACCCCCAUAGCAAAUCGGCAGAUCAAACAAGGACCUACUACAUCAAACCUUCGAUUGCAGGUAAUGAAUGAUCAGUCUCAAUUGCAAAUGAAUUGCGGCAGUGGAAAGAACGAAACUUAGAAACUGCAACAACCCGCAAAGACUUAAGACUUAGAAAAGGCCCAGGACAAAAGGAAACGGAAACAAACAACACAAUGUUUACUUUGGAAAACUAUACAAAUCUGAAAAGACGACGGAAUAAGAAUCUAUAUGCCUUAAAGGAGUCAACGACCGCCAAUGGUGAAGUGACUUCGGCAACAACGACUGCAUCAGCAUCACCAUUGCCAGCAAUGACAACAACCUGCCCCACGGCAUGUCCAUUGACCACAAGAGCCAUGUCAUCGUCAUCGUCAUCGCCUUCAUCGGCAGCACCACAAGAUGCUGUGGUAGAAAGUGAUCAACAUCUGCAGCAUCGAGGAUGUCAUCACAAAUCCCAUUUAAUCGCUAGAAAAUCAAUGAAAAGUAUUAAAAACUAUUUUUUCCAUUACAUGCCAUUGUGUCAAAGAGUAUCGCGCCGCGACAACGAUAUAUGCAGGAGAACCAACGCAGCAGCAGUAACAUCAUCCGCAUCAACACCAUCGCCAUACAUCAACAUCUCCUUCCCAGCAUUGCCUUCGUCCUUUUCAUGGUCGUCGUUGUUGUCAACAUCAACAUCAUCCCAGCACUCAUCAUCAGCAUCGGCAUCGGCAUCACCAUCAGCAACAGCAACAACAUUCCCCACAACACCAGUUACCACAAGAAUACCUCGUGCCGUUCGAAUUGGUGGUCCACGCGACAGCAAUAUUGCAACAUCCACUGCCAGCAGCGGUCGUCGACGACGGCACAUGUUGUUGACUUUGAUGCUGUUGCUGUUUGUCUGCUUUGUCAACACCUCAUCGGUGAAGGCUGCUGACAGCUUACUUGGUGAAACCCAAUCAUGUUCAAAUGAAAAUGAAGAAAUCCAUGUUAAUGUACGAAAUUCCAAAUGUUUUAAAUGUUCCUGUCAGAAUGGCUUUGUUAAAUGUGAAGGUUUUUGUCCGCCCAUCGAUGAUUGUUAUUUGCUGGAAAAGAAAACUUCCGAUUCUUGUUGUAAUAAAUGUAGAGGUUGCAUGUUCCUUGGCAAAUCGUAUGCCAGUGGUUCAGAAUGGACCGAUCCCCGUGAUCCUUGCAAGUCAUACAAAUGUGUGGGCAGUGUUGUGACAGCAACAGAAAUGAAAUGCUAUACGCAAUGUGAUGACAAUCAAUGGACCAAACCACGACCAGGAGAAUGUUGUCCAUCGUGUCAGGGUUGCAAGAUCAAUGGACAAAUCAUUUUGGAGGGCCAAGAGGUUGUCGCCUCGAUCGACGAUCGUUGCUUGGUCUGUCAGUGUAAGGAUAAUCAAUUGACCUGCGCCAAGAAAACAUGCCCAGUGCUACAAUGUCCAGUAUCGAAACAGAAGCUGCUACCCAAUGAAUGUUGUCCAAGGUGUACGGAACAAAGGGAAUUUAUACCAUUGCCGGGCAAAUGCAUUUUUACGAAUAAACUUUUCCACGAUAAAAUCCAAUUUAUGCCCGAUCGCUGCACCAAUUGCACCUGCAGCAAUGGCACCAGCAUUUGUGAGCGUAAGACUUGUCCCAUACUCGAAUGUUCGCCAGAGUACCAGGAAAUGGAUGGUUGUUGUCCACGCUGCAUUACCUCCGAGGUUCGCUCGGAGUGUAUUUUCAAUGGUGUUACGUAUCAAACAAAUGACACCUGGAAUGUAAGUCCCUGUCGAUCAUGUCGUUGUACCGGUGGCAACAUACGCUGCUCAGAAAGACGCUGCAACCCCAUUAAGUGUCGUUCCAAUGAAGAGAUGAAAGUGCUGCCCGGAGAAUGUUGUCCGCAGUGCAUUGAAACAGCGGGCACUUGCACCGUCUUCGGUGAUCCCCAUUUCAAGACUUUCGAUGGCAAAUUCUUUAGUUUUCAGGGUUCGUGUAAAUAUCUGUUGGCCUCCGAUUGUCAUGAUAAAACCUUCUCCAUACGUUUGACCAAUGAUGGAAGACAUACGAAGCGGUCGUCUUGGGCCAAGACGGUUACUCUGAAAAUGAAAGGAGUUCGGGUGAAUUUGGGCCAAAAGCAACGUGUCAAAGUUAAUGGCAGUCGAGUGGCACUGCCCUAUGCCUCGGGAUCCAUAACCAGCAUAGAAAGGCUUAAGGAGAGUAUUAUGCUCAAGACCGAGCUGGGUUUGACCAUAGAAUGGGAUGGCAAUAACUAUCUGCAGGUGACUGUGCCCUCCAGCUAUAAGAAUCGCAUGUGCGGCUUGUGCGGCAAUUACAAUGGCUGGACUCGUGAUGAUCUCACCAGCCGCGAUGGCGUAAAUCACACUGAGGCUUGGCGUUUUGCCAACUCCUGGAAGGUGGGUGGGCCCAAGGCAUGUUCACGCAAACAGGAGAACAUUGCCGCCGAACCCACCUGCAAGCAGCGUAAAUCGAAUGCCCUGUGCCGUCCGCUGCGUGAAUCGGAAGUAUUCAACUACUGUGAUAGUAGAGUUAAUCCCAAAAAUUAUCACGAUUCAUGCAAGAUGGAUGUUUGCGAUUGUCCCACCGGCAUGUGCCAUUGCGACAGUUUUGCCGCCUAUGCGCGAGAGUGUCAACGUCUGGGCGUUACACUGCCCGAUUGGCGAACUUCCACCGCUUGUCCCCAUGGUCAAUGGAAGCGAGAUUUCAAUACCACACUGAAGAUACUGAAGAAUAAUCGCUACUAUGGUGAUUUGCGCUGGAGAACACCCAGGCGCAAAAUGGAGGAGCGGCAGCAUCAGCACAAUCAACUGCUGCAAAGAGAUUUCAUUACCAAACAUGUGCCGAAAAAUCUGUUGAUUUCCAAAUCGCCAGAUCGAACACCACCGCCUUUACAUUAAACAUUGAGACGCACAGAUGGGUAGUAGCUGAUUUCAAUGCAACUUUUUGGGGUGAGGUUGUUUAAACAAAAAAAAAAAGGCUUCAAAAAGCGUUACGGUUUUGUAAACUAUUUCAAUAGCUAUAGAUGAACUUGUUUGGAUUAUACCUUCUUUAGCUGGAGUAAAAAAGUGAAUUUUUCUUUCAUUUGCUCUCCCUCUUUUUCUAAGACCUUGUAUUCUACUCUUCUAAGAAGCUUGAUU